AUGGAGGAUUCGGACUCCAACACAGAUAAAAAGUUCUUUUUCAAAAAAAGAAGAAUCGAUUCCUAUAAUUAUAGCGAUGAGGAAGAUAAUAAUUCAAGCAUGAAUAGUGACAUGACAUACACUAAUGAUGCCUUGAAAACUAGUAGCGGCAAUGCCCCAACGAUCUCAAAAUUAACGAAGACAUAUGGUAUUGGUGCGAAGUUACUUUCGAGUAUGGGAUAUGUUGCGGGAAAAGGCCUUGGGAAGGAUGGUUCUGGUAUAACUACACCAAUAGAAACCCAAAGCCGACCUAUGCACAAUGCAGGUCUAGGAAUGUUUUCAAAUACCAACUCCAGUAACUAUCACAGUGAAAAUGAGGAUUACUUGAGCUCUGAGGAUGAGGUGGUUGAAGGUAUAGAACAAGUCAAAUUCAAUAAAACCUCCACGGAGGUUUUAGGCGAAGCGUUGUUAAAUGAUAGUGGUGAUAUGACUAUAGUGCGAACACUGAGAGAAUUGAGGUUAGCAGGGGUACAAUUACCAGAGAGUAUCCUAAAAGAAUUAGACCCUUUAAAUGCAGUACCAAAGCCGAAAAAAGAUGUUGUUGUGGAGAUAUUGCAAGAGCUGCUGGGUAUUGAAAAAAGUUUGGAAGCUAUUCGUCAGCGCACCUCUCCGUUAGAAGUGCAAGUCAAAGAAUAUUAUGGACAAGAGAGGCUUCUUUCUGAAUUGGAGGUUACUUUGAGGGACGAAAGCAAGCAUGUUUCCCUGUAUGAUAAGAUUGGUGCUAUUUUAAAAUUGUCCGACGACGAGCUCAUAGAUAGGCUAACGUCCUGCUUAUUGAGAAAAGAAUUACUAAUAGAAUUUGAUUUGGAUCAUUUAGAAAAGCCAAACGAUAUACUUGAUGAGUUAACGCAAAUUAUAGAACUACUCGCAUAUAGAAUGGAUACAACUUCGAAAUUUUUGAACAGGACACAAACAACAAUCUUUAAAGUUAUAUAUCCCAAACUCAAAAAAUUUUGGGAAGGGUUUGAUAUGACUAAAUCAAAAAUCGACAGCGCUAUCACCCUAUUACUGGAUUUCCAACAAGUGCUAAGUUUUAUCGGGUGUAAAGAGCAUAUCAUGGAGGAAUUCGUCUAUCCAAAGCUAUUACAGGAAUUAGAUAAUUGGGAACUUCACGAUGAAGUAGACCAUGUUUCGCCAAGAAUAUGGGUCUUGGAUUUUAUGGUUUUAAUUGACGAUAAGAUCAAAGACACAAUUGUGGACAAGAUUGAAGCAAAAUUUUUUGCUUAUUGUAAAAAUUGGUACCAUAGGGAAUCAUUUUGUAUCACUAAUUCUGAUAUUAUAUUUAUCAAAGAACUUAUCUGCGAACGAAGAUAUUACAAAAUUUUAUGUAAAGAGUUUCUUCCUAAAUUCCUGGACGAGCUGUGGGAAAGACAUAAUGACCCCAUCUACGAGUUAGAGGAUUGGAAGGAAAAACAGGAAUGGAAAGAAAAAGAUUCUGGAUUUUUCUAUUUUAUGAAAAAACUGAGAAGUUAUACCCAUUAUUUUCAUCCAAAACAGUAUGAAUUGAUGAUGCGGGGAACCUUUAAUAAUAUAAACAAAAUACUCUAUCAAUGGCAUCUUUAUAGUACAGUGGAAGACUUACACAAGUCAAAGUGGUGGCUUAAUUGGCUGAUGAAUACGGUAUUUGAGCACUCUUUACCAACAGAAAUAGAACUAUCGGAGAUCAGAAAAAGCUAUAAUAUAUUCGCUAUGUCUCAUAGGUACCACCUUGAUAAAUCUACAUUAGAUGAAGAUUUCGAUUUGAGACAGGGUUUACGAAACUUAAUGGAAACACAAGUGAUCGACGAUAUUAGUCAAAGCGAACAAGAACCUACCUAUACUGUACAAAAUAUUCCGCUUGGAAAAGUUAGCAGCUCUUUCAAGGAUGUGGUAGAAGACUACUGCCUGGAAAAAGGGUACUUGAUCAGCAAAAUACCAAAUAGGUACACUCAACUGCCAUAUGGAAGAGACCAAGAUUGUAUAGUUCCUUUAUUUGAGAUCCGAAACGGGAAGAAAAAAAUGGAAGUUGCUUUGAAACAUGAUAUUCUUUGGGUGGAGGAUUCCAGUGGGACCUUUAAGCCAAUUUAUUUAUGGGCCCUUGACCUCUAG